ACUAAAUGUUAAAAGCAAAGCAAAUGUAAUUGAAUAUAUAUAACGGCACAUGCUUUAAACGAAAAUGUUGCAAGUGUAAAUAUGUAAAACGCAACGCGUGUGCAGUGCAAGGCGAAACAUAGCAAAGCAAACAAUACCAGCAGGCAGGCAGGCAGGCAAACCGCAGCAGCAGAAACGGCAGCAGUCAGAGGCCGAACUGACGUGAAAGAAAAACGACGCAUGCAGAGGAAAAAUGCCGCAGCCGUGUUGUUAAAUUAGCAAAAAGUGUUUGAAUUGCAAAAGUAAGCGGCACAAAUAGCGCAGCAGAAGGAGAUUCUUGUCUGUCCAUUGAGGAAGAAGCGAUAUCGAGCCAGAACAACAGACCAAAAGGAAACACAAACAAGUUGACAGCUCUACUGCCGCGUGAGAGCGAGCGUGUGUUGUGUUGUGUGUGUGAGAGAGAGAGAACGAAGGAAGGAAGGAAGAAGAUAGAGAGAGAGAGAGAGAGAGAGAGCGAGCGAGUGAGUGCUGGUUGGGAGCAUAACAUGAAUAACUGAGAUGCCAUCGGCACGUCCUGGUAGUCUCAAAGAUCCGGAAAUAGCCGAUCUAUUCAACAAGCAUGAUCCGGAGAAGAUCUUUGAGGAUUUGCGCGAAAUUGGCCAUGGCUCCUUCGGUGCCGUCUAUUAUGCUCGCUGCAAUCUCAACAAGGAGAUUGUGGCGAUCAAGAAGAUGUCAUAUACGGGCAAGCAGAGCCAAGAGAAAUGGCAGGAUAUACUCAAGGAGAUACGCUUCUUACGUCAAUUGAAUAAUCCGAAUACCAUUGAAUACAAGGGCUGCUACCUGCGCGAAUCCACUGCCUGGCUGGUUAUGGAAUAUUGCGUCGGCUCCGCCUCAGACAUCAUUGAGGUACACAAGAAGCCGUUGCACGAGGACGAGAUCGCUGCCAUUUGCCUGGGCGUGCUCAGCGGCCUGAGCUAUUUGCAUUCGCUGGGACGCAUCCAUCGCGACAUCAAGGCGGGCAACAUUCUGCUCACGGACAUGGGCGUGGUGAAGCUGGCCGAUUUUGGCAGUGCCGCCAUCAAGUGUCCGGCCAAUAGCUUUGUGGGCACGCCCUAUUGGAUGGCACCGGAGGUCAUUCUGGCGAUGGACGAGGGCCAGUACGACGGCAAGGUGGAUGUCUGGUCCCUGGGCAUUACGUGCAUCGAGCUGGCCGAGCGCAAGCCCCCAUACUUCAAUAUGAAUGCCAUGUCCGCACUGUAUCACAUUGCACAGAACGAGUCGCCCACGUUGCCGAAGAACGACUGGUCCGAUACGUUCUGCAAUUUUGUGGACCUCUGCCUGAAAAAGAUGCCCGCGGAGCGACCCUCAUCGGCCAAGCUGCUGCAGCACAGCUACGUGACGCGUCCGCGCUCCGAGACGGUGCUGCUGGAGCUGAUCGCGCGCACCAAGUCGGCGGUGCGUGAGCUGGACAACCUUAACUAUCGCAAAAUGAAGAAGAUACUCAUGGUGGACACGUGCGAAACGGAGAGCGCCGUCGGUGACACGGACGACCAGCAGGACGAUCAUGCCGGCGGCGACAGCAGCAAGAGCAAUAGUAUUACUUCCGAACACUCCAUACACUCGGUGGGUGUAUCGGCGGCCAGUAGUCAGAGCUCCUCGUCGAAUUCGAUACCGGCUGCAGCGCAGAAUCAUCACCAUAUCGGGGCGCAUCAUCAGCAGCAGGUGGCCGCUGCAGCCGUUGCCGCUGCCAUGCACCAUCAGCAGGAGCUGCAGAAGCAGCAUCUGAGCAACUGGUCGAAUGCCCAACAGCAGCAGCAGCAGCAGCAACAGCAAUCGGGCGGCUCUGCCUGUGGCGCCGUCUCUCGCAAUUCGUCGCGCCAUCGCAAUCUGCCGCCGCUGCCAAACAUAAUGCACACCAUGAACAACAAUGUGACGCCGACGAAUUCGGCAUCGGUGGUGCCAGCACCAGCGCCGCCGCUAUCGGUGAUGCCCCAUCUGGGUGCCGGCUUGGGGCACGGCAAUGCUGGUGCUGCUGGUGGCAUGGGCGGCGGCGGUAGCAGCACGGGCGGCUCACCGGCGGGCGGUGAUCAUCGCUUGACUGGAAUACAGCCACGUUAUCUAUCAACGCCGGCCGCCCAGGCGGCUGUCUAUGCGGCCACAUCGUCAUCCUCGCAGCAGGCCAUCUCCAAUGCCGUCAACGAUCAUGGACCCAAUAAUUUUGCCACCAUACGGACGACGAGCAUUGUGACCAAACAGCAAAAGGAGCAUAUGCAGGAGGAGAUGCACGAACAAAUGUCCGGAUACAAGCGCAUGCGACGGGAGCAUCAGGCGACGCUGCUAAAGCUCGAGGAGAAAUGCAAAGUGGAAAUGGAGACGCACAAGUCGGCGCUGGACAAGGAGUACGAUAAUCUAUUGCAUAACUUUACCAGAGAACUGGAACGCCUCGAGGCCAAGCAUCAGCAGGAUUCGGAACGACGCGCGAAGCAGACGACAGCGGCCGAGAAGAAACUUUAUAAAGAGAUUACACUGAAGCAGGAAGGCGAUCGUAAGGUGUUCGAUUUGAAUCGCAAAAAGGAAUACAAAGCGAACAAGGAGCGCUGGAAACGCGAACUCUCCAUGGAUGAGUCAACGCCAAAGCGUCAGCGUGAUUUAACCUUGCAAUCGCAAAAGGAUAAUCUAAAGCAGCACGAGGCCCAGGAGGAGCAACGCAUGCUGCAAGCCCAAAAGCAAUACAUUGAGCUCGAGAUGCGCAAAUUCAAGCGAAGACGCAUGAUAUUGCUGCACGAACUGGAGGAUCAGCUGUUGCGCGAUGAGCUCAGCAAGAAGCAACAGCAGCUGGAACAGGCCCAUGGCAUGCUGUUGAAACACCACGAAAAGACACAGGAGCUGGAGUACCGCCAGCAGAAGAGCGUGCAUCAGUUGCGCGAGGAGCAAAUAAACAAGCAGCACGACACGGAGUUGCACAAUCAAAAAGACUACAUGGAUCGCAUUAAAAAGGAGCUGCUGCGCAAGCAUGCGCUCGAGUUAAGACAACAGCCCAAGAGCCUUAAGCAAAAGGAGCUGCAGAUACGCAAACAGUUUCGCGAGACAUGCAAAACGCAAACAAAACAAUAUAAACGCUACAAGGCGCAAGUGCUGCAAACGACACCCAAAGAGCAACAAAAGGAGGUUAUCAAGCAGCUUAAGGAGGAGAAGCAUCGCAAGCUGACGCUGCUGGGUGAACAGUAUGAACAAAGCAUUGCCGACAUGUUCCAAAGUCAAAGUUAUAAACUAGACGAGAGUCAAGUGAUCGAGUGCCAACGUACCAAUGAGCAAUUGGAAUACGAACUGGAUAUGCUCACAGCCUAUCAGAACAAGAACAAGAAGCAGGCGCAGGAGCAGCGGGAUCGCGAGCGACGCGAGCUCGAGAAUCGGGUCAGCGUGCGGCGUGGCCUAUUGGAGAAUAAGAUGGAUGCCGAAUUGCAACAGUUCAAUUUGGAGCGUGCCGAGCGCUUGCGCAUGAAACACGAGAAGCAUGCUAAAGAAUUGGAAGCUUUUGAUAAUGAAUCAAUAGCCUUAGGUUUCAGCACUUUAUCAUUAACUGAGGUAUCACGCGAGACCUAUCCGGAUGAGGAGGGCAGUUUGUCUGGUUCCAUGAUUAGUUUAGCGCAUAGCAAUAGUUCAACAAGUUUUCCGGCUGGUUCGCUAUAGCAUAGGCAACAACAACAGCAACACCUACAACAACAACAGCAACAUAAACAGCAACAACAAACACUGCAACAACAAGAACAACAACAACAACAACCAUAUAGUAAUAUAAACUAUUAUAAUUUUAAUGCAAAUUUUAAAACAAACACUGCAACAAAAGUAACAACAAACAGAGCCGGACACAAACAACUAUAACAGCAACAAUUACAAAUAAUAUAACAAUAAUAAAUAUAUAUAUAUAUAUAUCGAUUUAUAUAUAUAUAAUACAAAAGCAUGCGUGUAGCAGCACCCGAAAAUAAACAACAACAAAUUAAUAUAACUAAAGGAAAACAAAACAAAAAAAAAGAAACAGCAUCAGAAAUUUUCCAACUGCUGCUGUAAUAAUUUUGUACUCAAA